AUGAGAGCAUAUAAACAAAGACCUGCUCUUCAUCUUCAUAUUCAUCUCCCACAGAUCCUAACUCUUCGCAUUAUUGCUCUUUCCUAUAGCGUAUCUAAUCAUGGUAGAUUGGUCUUACUCCCUAAAGACUUGCUGGAACUAAUCAACGGUCGUUUUGAGACAUGUUUUGAGGCUGUUCACCUCCGCUCUGUCUGCAGCUUGUGGGUUCGGCCGUACCUCGGCCGAGUUAUAAACACGGAUUUGGCGUUGACUACCUUCUCCCCAUUUUCAGUGGCAACCCUUGGUUUAAAGGCGAUAAGCAUUGCAUACUUAAAAAAAAUCCAAAAUUUCUCUUCAGAUACCAGACUCCCUUUGAUGCUGAUUGUGCUCAACACUCUUAGCUCCCAAAUCAUCCCUUUGGGUCAUAACUACAUGAUAAACUUCAAUGCUAUAACAACGAUGCGCUAUAGAACAAUGCGUCGGAAUUUUUUAGAAAAAGUUGCGUUUCUUCCACUUGAUAGUGAAGAUGAUGUACAAACGAACAGAGCCCAUAUCAAGACAAUGGUUUCAUUCAAAGGCAGGUUUUAUGUUGUUGAUAAGAGUGGAAGGGGGCGUGUCUUUGUUAUCGAACCGUCAUUAGAAGUUAGCGAGAUCCACUCAGUCACGCAGGCCCACGAAUGUUAUUGGGAGGCACUGGUUGUGUCAGGAGAUGAUGAAGUCUUGCUGGUGCAGCGAUUUUCACCAGGGGAAGAUCAUGAUGAACAUGUGCGUACGUGGUUCAGAAUUUUUAGGCUCGAAGAGGAAAACCAGAGGAGAUGGGUUCGGGUUAGUGACUUAGUGGAACGAGUAGUGUUUCUUGGGGUUAACUGGAAUUUUUGUUAUUUGGCAAAGGAGGUUCCUGGUGUGAAGGGGAACUGCGUUAUGUUCAUCCAACCAAAUACCAUCCUUGAUAGAAUCCUUGUGUUUGACUUAGGUACCAGAAAUACCACUCAGGCUUCUACCGUAUGCAGAGGCAUGGGCAUGGGCAUGCUCGGUGAAAAUAAAGAAUCAAACAGCUUCUGUAAUGCGUCAUCUUAG